AUCCAAAGCCAUUAUCUGCUCUGUAGAUAGCAGCGGUUACGUUCCGUCCUGUAUAGGUUGUCAACCUAAAGUACGGUGCAGGCUUUCACCACCAGUUCACUGGGUUUAUAGAAAUAAUUGAUAAAGAGUAGUACCGAUAGAGCUUACAGCUACUCGCCCGAAGGAGCACUGACACGCACGGGCCUGGCGAGCAGGAGACGUCCAUAGAUGCAGCACAGAGAUUGUCACCGAGCAACCUUUGCCUGGCAUGCUAGGCAACUGGCUAGACAGCUGCACAAGACACGAGCUGAGGUGGAGAAGACAAAGGAGGUUGUGGUACGUUUGGAGGCUGAAAAGUCAGCCCUAGAGCAGGAGCUGAAGGAUGCACGGGUGCAGCAGCAGAAGAAGCAGUGCCGGGCAGCUACUCAGGCAGCAAAAGCUAUGCACAUGGUAGCUGGUCAGGGGGCUGCCCUAAUCCUGGCAGCAGCAUCUGAGCUGGAGAAAAAGGAGAAGGCCAAGAACAAUCAUAUCCAGCUUGAUGAGGACGAGCUGCAGAGGCAGUGUGAUAAGGCAGGCCAGCAGAACACGUCCCUGAAUAGAAAUGUAAAGCAUAUGCAGGAGCUGCUAGAUGAUCAAAAGCAGCAGGCAAAUAUGGAGAAACUGGCCCUGGAACAGCAUGUGAAGAAGCUGCAGUCAAAGCUGGUGGAGGACACAGCUGUGAUAGAGGGGCAAAUGCAGCAGGAGAAGCUGGCCCUGGAGCAGCAGAUGGAGGAGCUGCAGUCAAAGUUGGAGGAGGAGAGGCGCCAGAACUCUGCUGUCACAGAAGGGCUGCUGCAGCAGGCAAACAUGGAGAAGCUGGCCCAGGAGCAGCGGAUAGAGGAGCUGCAGUCAAAGCUGGAGGAGGAGAGGCGCCAGAACUCUGCUGUCACAGAAGGGCUGCUGCAGCAGGCAAAAAAGGAGAAGCUGGCCCUGGAGCAGCAGAUGGAGGAGCUGCAGUCAAAGCUGGAGAAGGAGAGGCGCCAGAACUCUACUGUCAGAGAAGGGCUGGUGCAGCAGACAAACAUAGAGAAGCUGGCCCUGGAGCAGCAGAUGGAGGAGCUGCAGUCAAAGUUAGAGAAGGAGAGGCACCAGAACUCUGCUGUCACAGACGGGCUGGUGCAGCGGGCAAACAUGGAGAAGCUGGCCCUGGAGCAGCAGAUGGAGGAGCUGCAGUCACAGCUGUUGGAGGAGAGGUGCCAGAACUUUGCUGUCACAGAAGGGCUGCUGCAGCGGGCAAACAUGGAGAAGCUGGCCCUGGAGCAGAGGAUAGAGGAGCUGCAGUCAAAGCUGGAGGAAGAGAGGCGCCAGAACUCUGCUGUUACAGAAGGGCUGCUGCAGCAGGCAAACAUGGAGAAGCUGGCCCUGGAGCAGCAGAUGGAGGAGCUGCAGUCAAAGUUGGAGGAGGAGAGGCGCCAGAACUCUGCUGUCACAGAAGGGCUGCUGCAGCAGGCAAACAUGGAAGAGCUGGCCCUGGAGCAGCAGAUGGAGGAGCUGCAGUCAAAGUUGGAGGAGGAGAGGCGCCAGAACUCUGCUGUCACAGAAGGGCUGCUGCAGCAGGCAAACAUGGAGAAGCUGGCCCUGGAGCAGCAGAUGGAGGAGCUGCAGUCAAAGUUGGAGGAGGAGAGGCGCCAGAACUCUGCUGUCACAGAAGGGCUGGUGCAGCAGGCAAACAUGGAGAAGCUGGCCCUGGAGCAGCAGAUGGAGGAGCUGCAGUCAAAGCUUGAGGAUGAGAGGCGCCAGAACUCUGCUGUCACAGAAGGGCUGCUGCAGCAGGCAAACAUGGAGAAGCUGACCCAGGAGCAGAGGAUAGAGGAGCUGCAGUCACAGCUGUUGGAGGAGAGGCGCCAGAACUUUGCUGUCACAGAAGGGCUGGUGCAGCGGGCAAACAUGGAGAAGCUGGCCCUGGAGCAGCAGAUGGAGGAGCUGCAGUCAAAGUUGGAGGAGGAGAGGCGCCAGAACUCUGCUGUCACAGAAGGGCUGGUGCAGCAGGCAAAAAUGGAGAAGCUGGCCCUGGAGCAGUGGAUAGAGGAGCUGCAGUCAAAGUUGGAGGAGGAGAGGCGCCAGAACUCUACUGUCAGAGAAGGGCUGGUGCAGCAAGCAAACAUGGAGAAGCUGGCCCUGGAGCAGCAGAUGGAGGAGAUGCAGUCAAAGUUGGAGGAGGAGAGGUGCCAGAACUCUGCUGUCACAGAAGGGCUGCUGCAGCAGGCAAACAUGGAGAAGCUGGCCCUGGAGCAGCAGAUGGAGGAGCUGCAGUCACAGCUGUUGGAGGAGAGGUGCCAGAACUUUGCUGUCACAGAAGGGCUGCUGCAGCGGGCAAACAUGGAGAAGCUGGCCCUGGAGCAGAGGAUAGAGGAGCUGCAGUCAAAGCUGGAGGAGGAGAGGCGCCAGAACUCUGCUGUCACAGAAGGGCUGCUGCAGCAGGCAAACAUGGAGAAGCUGGCCCUGGAGCAGCAGAUGGAGGAGCUGCAGUCAAAGUUGGAGGAGGAGAGGCGCCAGAACUCUGCUGUCACAGAAGGGCUGCUGCAGCAGGCAAACAUGGAGAAGCUGUCCCUGGAGCAGCAGAUGGAGGAGCUGCAGUCAAAGCUGGAGGAGGAGAGGCGCCAGAACUCUGCUGUCACAGAAGGGCUGCUGCAGCAGGCAAACAUGGAGAAGCUGACCCAGGAGCAGAGGAUAGAGGAGCUGCAGUCACAGCUGUUGGAGGAGAGGCGCCAGAACUUUGCUGUCACAGAAGGGCUGCUGCAGCGGGCAAACAUGGAGAAGCUGGCCCUGGAGCAGCAGAUGGAGGAGCUGCAGUCAAAGUUGGAGGAGGAGAGGCGCCAGAACUCUGCUGUUACAGAAGGGCUAGUGCAGCAGGCAAAAAUGGAGGAGCUGGCCCUGGAGCAGCAGAUGGAGGAGCUGCAGUCAAAGUUGGAGGAGGAGAGGCGCCAGAACUCUGCUGUCAAAGAAGGGCUGGUGCAGCAGGCAAAAAUGGAGAAGCUGGCCCAGGAGCAGUGGAUAGAGGAGCUGCAGUCAAAGUUGGAGGAGGAGAGGCGCCAGAACUCUGCUGUCACAGAAGGGCUGGUGCAGCAGGCAAACAUGGAGAAGCUGGCCCUGGAGCAGCAGAUGGAGGAGAUGCAGUCACAGCUGGUGGAGACACGCCAGAACACUGCUGUCAUAGAGGGGCUGCUGCAGCAGGCAAACAUGGAGAGCCUGGUCCUAGAGCAGCAGAUGGAGGAGCUGAAGCUGCAGUUGAUGAGUGUCACUCACGAGCUGUUGCAGCAGCUCAAGAGGCAGGGCUAGCAGGGGAUUGUACAUACCAGUACACAGCAAUAGGGAGGUGUUUGUUCUUGAUUGAGGCAGGAGUGUAGUGGCAGGGAUACAAGGCGCGGUAUGUUGCCAAUGUAGCUUACCUUGUCCUUCAGCCCUUACUGUUGAUGAGUCUUAUUAUAGGGAAGGAUAGCUAGCUUAACUACUGUAAGAGAAGACACCUUGUUAGCUUGCUAGCUGGGGUGCUUGGUCUAGCAGUGGCAGUGGCCAGCCCUACCAACUGAUGGGCAGCCCUAUAUAUUAACAGGGCCCAACAGCCAUGGGCUGUUGCAUGGAAAAGCGGCUAAGCAGCAGAUGCACCAGAUUGUAAGACUUGCCA